UCAAGUUCUACUCUCAUUCAUACGGCGCCUUACUACGGUCAUAAUUUGGCUAGUGGUAGACAUAUCCUUUAGACACGUUCAAAUAAACUAAUCUUUUACAGUUUCGCGUUGUAAACCUACUAGUUUGGAGAAAGGGCUGUGACCCUGUGCGGCAACUGCAGCCACCAUGGCAGAAGCUCACCAGGCUGUGGCCUUCCAGUUUACCGUCGGGCCCGAUGGCAUCGACAUGCAGUUAUGCCAUGAGGCCCUGCGCCAGAUCUACCUAUCGGGCAAGCACUCCUGGAAGAAGAGGUUCAUACGCUUCAAGAACGGGAUUAUGACUGGAGUGUACCCGGGCAGCCCAUCUGGGUUUCUGGUGGUGGUGGUGAGUUACAUGUCAGUCAACAAAUACGCACAGCUAGACCCCUCCCUGGGAUUCAUCACCAAACUGGGAAACUACAUACCCAUCAGUUCGUACAUGUCGGAGGACAGCCAGAGGGUGGUAGGAGGGGUGCUGGUGGGCACGGGCCUCUGGAUCACCAUCAUCUUCAUUAUGAGGACUGCCCUCAAGUGCCUGCUGUCGUGGCAUGGCUGGAUGCACGCUCGCCAUGGCUCCAUCUCAAUGGGCACAAGACUCUGGAUGUUAUUUGUCAAGUUGUUCUCUGGCAGGAAGCCAAUGCUCUACAGCUUCCAGAGUUCACUCCCAAGGCUGUCCGUCCCCCCGGUCAAAGACACCUGUAGGAGGUAUUUGGAGUCAGCUCGUCCGCUGAUGGAUGACGAGCAGUAUGAGAGAAUGGAGGGUCUGGCUAAAGAUUUUGAGAAGAACCUAGGGCCUAGACUGCAGUGGUACCUCAAGCUCAAGUCCUGGUGGGCCUCCAACUAUGUCAGUGAUUGGUGGGAAGAGUAUAUCUACCUUCGAGGUCGCGGGCCCAUCAUGGUCAACAGUAACUACUAUGCGAUGGAUUUUCAGUAUGUGUUCCCAACUAGCAUCCAGGCAGCGAGGGCGGGAAAUGCCAUCCAUGCCAUCAUGCUUUACAGGAGGAAACUGGACAGAGCCCAGAUCAAACCAAUUUACUUGCUGCCAAACACGGUGCCUUUGUGUUCCGCCCAGUGGGAGCGGAUGUUUAACACCACCCGCAUUCCUGGCCAGGAGACAGACACCAUUCAACAUAUGGAUGAGAGCAGGCAUAUUGCUGUUUACCACAAUGGCCGCUUCUUCAAGGUGUGGAUGUUCUAUGAUGGACGCCUGCUGUUGCCACGGGAGAUUGAGCAGCAGAUAGAGAGGAUCCUGGCCGAUAAGAGUGAGCCCCAGAAAGGGGAAGAGCACCUGGCCGCGCUCACUGCCGGGGAGAGGGCACCAUGGGCCAAUACACGUGAAACCUUUUUCAAAGGUGGCAAGAACAAGCAGUCACUGGAUGCCAUUGAGAAGGCAGCCUUUUUUGUAACCCUUGAUGAGUCAGAACAGAGAUACCAGGAUGAUAACCCAGUCAAGUCUUUAGAGAACUAUGCCAAGGCUCUCCUCCACGGAAAAUGCUACGACAGGUGGUUCGACAAAUCCUUUAACCUCAUCGUCUUUAAGAAUGGAACCAUGGGCCUGAAUGCUGAGCAUGCUUGGGCCGAUGCUCCAAUCGUAGGCCAUCUCUGGGAGCAAGUGUUGGCCUUGGACCCUGUGAAAUUGGGAUACACUGAGGAAGGUCACUGCAAAGGGGAGCCCCACCCCAACCUGCCUGGACCCCAGAGAUUGCAGUGGGACAUUCCUGCUGAGUGCCAGAGUGUGAUUCAGAGCUCUUUGAAGGUGGCCCAGGCCCUGGCAGAUGACGUGGAAUGCCAUGUCUUCCCCUUUAAGGACUUUGGCAAGGGCUUUAUCAAAAAGUGUCGCACUAGCCCUGAUGCUUUCAUCCAGAUUGCCCUGCAGCUUGCGCACUUCAGGGACAAGGGCAAGUUCUGCCUAACAUAUGAGGCAUCCAUGACACGUCUCUACAGAGAGGGCCGCACAGAGACAGUGCGCUCUUGCACCAUGGAGACAUGCGCAUUCGUCCGCUCCAUGAUCAGAGACGAGACGAGAGAGGAGCGUAGGAGACUAGUGAAAGCAGCAGCAGACAAACACCAGAAAUUGUACCGUGAGGCCAUGACAGGGAAGGGCAUAGACCGUCACCUUUUCUGCCUCUACGUCAUCUCCAAGUAUUUGGGAGUGGACUCUCCCUUCCUCCACGAGGUCUUAUCGGAGCCUUGGAGGCUGUCCACCAGUCAGACUCCACUGCAGCAGACCGAACUGUUUGACCUGGCUAACCACCCUGAGCUUGUAUCCUGUGGUGGAGGCUUUGGCCCGGUGGCUGAUGAUGGUUAUGGUGUUUCCUAUUUUGUCCUUGGCGAGGACUUCAUCAACUUUCACAUCUCGAGCAAACACUCCAGUCCAGAGACCGACUCCCAUCGCUUCAUGGGUAACAUAAAACAAGCCCUGCUGGAACUUAAGGAUCUGUUUGAGGUUGAGAAGAAAUCCAUCAAGUGAUGCAUUGCUCCUUUGAAGGCAAUAUAAUUGAGAAAUUUUUAACAAAAGCAUACUCUUCCUGAAGCAGAUAAAACAAUUAAAAAAUAUAUUCUGUUAAUUUCUAUUAUUAGAAUCGAUAAUUAAAUGGAAAAAGGUUUGUAAUAAUGAAUAUUUAUGUCACAUUUUGUUUGGUUUUAUUAUUGUGAUGGGUUGUUAUGGGGAUUUGGAUGGGAUUGUGGUACAUAAGUAGCGCAUGAAUCAAAAAUGUUUCUCUGUGAGACUGUAUGCACUGUGCCUUAGUGACUGACUAAUGUAGAAAUUAACUGAUGGAGGACCAUGAGUGAGAGUCAGGCAAUGUUGCCCCUAGACACUGAUCAAAGUUAAGUUUAGCAUUUUGUUACUUUAAUGAUGUUAAUAUCCAAAUAGGGGAAAGUGAUCCUAGAUUCUGUGACUGGAGAAAGGAUUCCUCUCCUAUGGCCUUUCUAUCAAGUGUUCUUUUUUGUACAGCUUUUUUUCCCUUUUCUUUUAGCUGCUAUGUUUUUACCACGUGAUACAGUAGUUUAUCCUGUUAUGUUGUUGUUUCAGACUCAGGUUUUUAAACGUGGCCUAGUUUUAGUUUGCCGCAGCGCUACAGAUUUGGCAUGUUCAGUAAUGUUUGGUACCAAGGCCUCCUCACCCCUAAUCCACUCCCCUCCAAUACUUUUCAGUGCCAGUGACAUUUUACUACUACCACCCAUACCCCCUAGGAACAUCUCAAGGUCUGAAAAGACGUAUGAUACGGUUAAAGUGGUGAUUAUCUCUAGUUUUGAAGAACAUCUGUCACAUACAGUGGGGAGAACAAGUAUUUGAUACACUGCCAAUUUUGCAGGUUUUCCCACUUACAAAGCAUG